AUGAGCAGCUCCGUUAACCCUCUUUUCUUUGAGGCGCCUCGGAAUCUUCCCAGCGGCUGUGUUUCUUCCACGAUUGAACGCCUCGCAGCGCCGCUAUCAGGGAACGCUGCAUGCUUAAUCAACCUGUCGUCUCGUGCCAACUAUGCUGCGUUGAGCGUUACUGGGCCUCUGCAUGCCAGGGUGCUUCAUGCCUCUGCGUCAGCAGCAGCAGUAGGUGCGAGCCCAAGCAGUGACCCUGCUACGGGCAACGCGGAUGUGAAGGGGCUUCAGCCGUCUCCACCACGUGCCUCUAGUGACCAUGCAGGCGAGGGGGGGCGGUCCAAGCUGGUGGAGGCAUUUCAGAUCCAAGCGGCAUCAGAUCCCAUACGAGGCUUCAUGGUGGCACUGCGCAAGUCGGAGCUCGGUUUUGAGACUGGCCUUGCACUCAGGGAUCUGCGGGUGGUCAUCUCUGCCCUGCAGAACCAGAUCCCCACAAUUCUCAUCCGCCCGCGGGCCAUAGUGGUGAGCCUAGCGCACGUGAGGGCAGUCAUCACAGCCAACCGCGCAUACAUCCUCAACACCUCCUCCCCCCGCGUGAGACAGCGCCUCAUCCCCACCCUCCUGCGCCGCCUCUCCGCCUCCCAUGCUGCCGCGGCUGCUGGUGGCGGCAACGGCGGCGGUGGUGGUGGUGGUGGUGGUGGGGAUGGUGGGUGUGAUGUUUGCUCCCCCCCUUCGCCCUCCGCCUCAGCUUCGUUUUCAGGGUCGGAUUCGUUUUUCUCGGGCGCUGUGUCGGUGUUUUCUGACUGCGGGGGUGAGCCUCAAGGGAGAGAGGUGCGUGGAUUGGAGGGAGGAGGAGAGCGAGGGGGCAGAGAGCAGAAGCCGUUGGGGCGGGGGCAGCAGGAGAAGCAGGAGAAGCAGCAAGGGCAACAGCAGGAGCUGGGGCAGGGUCAGGAUCAGGGACAGGGGCAGGGGCAGGGGCAGGCGCAAGAGCAGUGGGUUUCUGAGGCGUGGGGUGGUGGGGAAAGCAGGUGUAGGGAGAGUGGGAGAGAGGUGAGGGGAGUGUGUGGGAGAGGAGAGGAUGAGUAUGAAGCGAGGGGCCAUGUAGAGAGAAGGGAGGAGGUUUUCCUAGAGGAGGGUAGGGAGGGUAGGAGAGGAGAUGGGUGUGAUGAGAUGAGGGAUGAUAGACGGGAUGAUGGGGGGGAUGGUGGGAGGGAUGGUGGGAGAGAGGAGGAGUGGGGACAGGGGUGGCAGGAGGAGGUAUCAGAGAGAAGGAGGGAGGAGUGGAGGGCGAGGAGGCAGCGAGAGGAGGAGAGGCGGAGGAACAAACGUUGGCUGGAAGAUUUGGAGAAGGAAAGCAAGGGAAGGUUCGGUGAAGCUUCGAAUGGAGAGGAGGAGGAGGGGGAAGGGGGGGGGCGGAAGCACGGGGAUGGGCAUUUGAUAGGGAGUGAUGGGCAGUGGGAGCGAUAUGGUGAGGUGCUUCUGCUGGAAUUGACUUCAAAGGAUGGCGUGCCUUUAAAGCCCGGUCAGCAUGGCCAAUCAGAUCAGCCAGGCCCCUCCGAAUCCGAAAAGCCAGACCAGUCCGGUCAGAAGACACAUAGGGGGGUGAUGGUGCGAAGUGGGGAUGAAGGAAAAGGGGUGAGGAGAGAGCAGGCGAAAGGGAAGGGAGGGGAUGAGGGGGAUUGGUUGGAGAGCGAAGAGGCGUUUGGGAGCGGUGGAGAGGCGAGUGGAAGGGGUGCUGGAGAAAGUAGGAUGGACGGGAGUGGAAAGGACACCGGCACCAAAGCCCUCUUAGACGAGGUGGGGGUGACUCUGAAGGUCAAGUACGCGUCCAUAUUCCCGGGCGUGUACCAGGGCCUGAGGGCGUUUGCCGGGGGGCGAGUGCCGUAUGAGCGAGCCAUGGCGGAGCAAGAGGCGUUCCUGAGGGCCAAGAACGAGCUGCUGAGGCUGGAGAGGAGCGCGAAUCAAAUCUGCAACGCCGUUCGUGAAGUGCUGUCGAAUGAUGAGGACAUGGCAGAGAUGUACCUGUCAAGGAAGGCCUCUCUUCCCCCCGGGGAAGCCAGAGGAGGAGGUGGUGGGUUUGGGGGGGAGUCGCCUGAUAGAAAGGCCUCUCUUCCCCCCGGGACCACCAAUAGUGCGGAGCACAGCGAGGUGGAGGAGCUGUUAGAGGAUCAUCUGAGGCGCAUGGAGGAGGUGGUGGUGGAGGGAGGGGCGGCUGUUGACAUGAAAUCCGCGCUCCCCCCAGGCACCACCAACAGUGCGGAGCACAGUGAGGUGGAGGAGCUGCUGGAAGAUCAUCUGAGGCGCAUGGAGGAGGUGGUGGGGGAGGCGGAGCAGCUGCUUUCCAUGUCCGAUGCCACGUCAGAGUACCUUCGAACCGCGCUGGACAGGUGGGUGUGUGGUGAUGGGGGAUUGAGAGUGGUGUUGAGGAGAGAUAGAGGAAGAGGCGGAGCAGCUGCUGUCCAUGUCCGAUGCCACUUCGGACUGAUGUCCUUCGCCAUGUUGAAUGUGUUCAUGUAUGCGUGUGCAUGGGUUGAGGGGAGUUUCAUUCACAAGCUCAAGUCUACAUGCUUUAUGAAGCUCUCGUCAGCAGCGGGUAAAUGCAGCCAUGGGAAAAGCAGCGUUAGCAGGCAGCGGCGACGGGUGGGAGGGAAAGGUGUGGUCGCAGCCAGUCCUCCUACGGAGGAGGUGGAGGUGCAGACCGAGCCGUUGACCAAGGAAGACCUGGUCAACUACCUGCGAUCCGGCUGCAAGCCCAAGGACAAGUGGAGGAUCGGCACGGAGCACGAGAAGUUCGGGUUCGACCAGAAGACGUUGCAGCCAAUGACGUACGAGCAGAUCGCGACGCUGCUGGAGCACAUUGCGGAUCGGUUCUCGUGGGACAAGAUUAUGGAGGGCGACCGAAUCAUCGGCCUGCGAUCGAACGGGCAGAGUGUGACGCUGGAGCCCGGAGGUCAGUUCGAGCUGAGUGGCGCGCCCCUGGAGACGGUGCACCAGACGUGCGCCGAGGUCAACGGUCACCUCUACCAGGUGAAGUCGAUCUGCGAGGAGGAGCACGUGGGGUUCCUGGGCCUGGGCUUUAACCCCAAGCACACUCUGGAGGAGAUUCCCAUCAUGCCCAAGGGUCGCUACACCAUAAUGCGCAACUACAUGCCCAAGGUGGGCUCGCUGGGGCUGGAGAUGAUGUUCCGCACGUGCACCGUGCAGGUCAACCUUGACUUUGACUCCGAGCAGGACAUGGUCGACAAGUUCCAAGUCGGCUUGGCACUGCAGCCGGUGGCCACGGCCUUGUUUGCCAACUCGCCGUUCCUGGAGGGCAAGCCCAAUGGGUACCUCAGCUACCGCAGUCGAGUGUGGGAGGACACUGACAAUGACCGCACAGGGGACCUGCCGUUUGUCUUCGAAGAAGGCUUUGGCUUUGAGCGCUAUGUGGAGUAUGCCCUGGAUGUGCCCAUGUACUUUGCAUACCGCGACCAGCGAUACAUCGAUGCCACAGGACUUUCCUUCCGAGACUUUUUGAACGGCAAGCUCCCAGUGCUGCCGGGUGCCUACCCCACUCUCAACGACUGGGAGAACCAUCUCACCACCAUCUUCCCUGAGGUGCGGCUGAAGCGGUAUCUCGAGAUGAGGGGCGCGGAUGGCGGGUCGUGGAGGAGAAUAUGCGCCUUGCCCGCUUUUUGGGUGGGGUUGCUGUACGACCGACAGGCACUGGACGAGUGUAAGGCAAUCAUCUCUGACUGGACGGAGCUUGAGCGCUCCGCUCUGCGCACACAUGUGCCUCGCAUGGCCCUCAAAACGCCCUUCAGGGAAGGGCUGCUGCAGCAUCUGGCACAGGACCUGGUCAGAAUCAGCAGGGAGGGCUUGCAAAGACGAGGAUACAGGGAAGGCAACUUCCUCAAGGAGUUGGAGAACAUCGCUGCUACAGGCGUGACUCCUGCAGAGCGCAUGUUGGAGGCAUACCAUGGCAGCGAGUCCGCAAUGUCGUGGAUUCGGUCGAAUCUGGCCAAGGUGGGGACAUUCGCGGGGUCCGUCGUGCAGAAGGCUGGCGAUGCCGUCGAGCGAGGCGCCAAGAUGGUGUACGAGCAGGCGGAGAGCGCUGUUGUGGGUCGGCCGCACAACAGCUUCCGGCAUGCAGUGCGGCGGAUAGAGGAGGUAGCGUCGUUGGCACGAGGCAGCGAGCGCAAGGAGGCUCUGGCGCGCUGGCUAGCCGCGCUCUCAGACAUACAGCAGGAGAACGACCGCCUUCAGGCGCACUUCCAGAGGCGCAAGAAGAGGCAGGAGAAAGGGGAGAAAGGCGGGAAGGGGGAGCGGAAGACGCAGGAGGAGAACCAGCAGGAGGAGGUGACGGCGGAGUCUGCUGCUAGUGCUGAUGGUUCUGCUGCUACUGGGGCUGCUGGGGCGGCUGCUGAGGCUGGCGCCAGUGAUGCUGGUGCUUCUGUGAGCUCAGGGCGAACGGAAGGAGUGGGAGCGGAGGGGGAAGUGGUUGAUAGAGCUGGUGACGAAGGCAAGGAUCGUGCCAGUGUUACAGAGGGUAACCAGGCCAAAGCGCAUGGGGAAGCAGAAAUUGUGGAGGCAGGAUUGUCACAGAUGCAGGCAGAUGGAGCAGAGGGGAAGACAGAAUCAGUAGCAGCAGAAUCAGGCCGAGAAUCCAAGGAUGGCGUUGUGGGUGUUGGAGCAGAAGCGGAAGCAGAAGCAGGUAGCAAGUCAGCAGAAGCAGGUGAUAUUGCGGCAGCAGAAGAAGAAGCGGAGGAGGUGGCAUCGAUAGGAGAUGGAUCGUCGCAAGAUGAGGCAGCACCGUCACUGACAAAGUCAGCAUUGACUGGACGGGCUUCCAUGGUUCUUUUCUACGACCCUGACGCGGGCAACGAAGCACUCAACUUCAGGGACGUGUUUCUGCGCUCUAGUGCGCUGGAGCUCAUAGUGGCGUCGAUGGUGGUGGCUCCGGGGGAUGAAGACGAGAUGGCGCUGCUGAGAGGGCUGUUCGGCUUGUGUUUAAACCUCUCCACGACCCAGUGCGAUGAUCUGCUGGCAGCCCUGCAGUCACUCGGCUCCUCCCUCUCUGCCUACUCCGAACUCAAGCUGUCGAGUGACGAUUUGGCCACGAUGGUGGCAGAAGCAGUCACAGGGCUGAAGGUCAACCCCGAAAUUGAGAGGGUUGAUCUGGAGUCAUGUCGCUUGCAGCAGCUCAUAGCUGAGGCUGCCUCGGUUGCCGCCUCUCUGGGGGACACGCCGGGGGACAGGGCGCUGAAGGUGGAGCGGGUGAGCUGUCUGGCAGCGGAGUUGAGUGAGGGCAUGGAGGGGCUGAGGAGGAAGGCUGAGGAGUGCCGCCAGCAGCGCCAGGAGGCUCUGGCGUACCGCAGCAGCAAGGCUCAGGAGGCCCGCGAGGCAGAGAAGGUACUCCUCUCGGAGGCACAGCAGGUGCAGAAGCGAAAGGAGGAGCUGGAGGAGGAGCUGCGGCGGGUGCAGGCGGCUCUGGACGGCGUGAAUCGGCGGCUAGUGAAGCUGGAGGAGGAGAAGGACCUCUUCUCGCAGGCCAGCACUGGGAUCGAGGCUCACCUCUCUUCCGAGUCGGAGCUGGAAGCGUUUGGGCAGUCGGCCAAGUCGAUAGUGGAGAGACUUGAUGGUAUCAGAGCCAAGAGGGAGCAGGCGGAGAAGGAGGGCAAGGACCGGGCAGUGUCAGACAGCAAGCACAGACGGCUGCAGUGGGAGGAGCGAUACAUGGCAGCUGAGAUACAGGUGAAGCGGUGCAUAGGGGAGGCAGAGAUAGCCAUGCGGGAGAUCAAGGGCUGGCUGGAUACUCUUCCCCCCAGUGAGGAUGCUCCCAAGCAAGCUCAAAUGCGCUCUCUACUCGCCGAACUUGAGUCUCUCGUAGCUUCGGUCCGAGCCUCCGGCCGCCCGGUCCUGUCUCUGGACCACCCAACAGUGCUGCGCGUGCAGAGGCUCGGCAAAUCCCCGGACUCAUGGGCCUCUGCCGAAGCUGCCGCUGCAGGCAGAGCACUUGUGAUUGGAGGAUCAGCAGCUGCAGGGACAGGUGGCGUGGUGCCAACAGGAACAGAAGAGAAUGUUCCCCCGACGCCUUUUGUCAUUUCGGGCGGGGUCCGUCGUCCCGUAGCGCCCGGGUUCAAGGAUAAGCAAGGCAAGUCAAAGCUGCUGCCUGCUGGUGAGAGUGCUCCAGUGGAAAGAAAGCAGGGGAAGGAGAGCGACGAGGUCAAGGAGAGCGCGGGUGAAGAGAAGGGGGAGGAAGGCGGGUCUGAUGCUGCAGCUGAAGCAGGUUCUGCAGGGGAACCAUAA